AAAUAGCUAUAACAUUAAGCUUUUGACAGAUUCAACCAGUCACAAAUUACCAAUCAGUUAGUAACAUAGAACGUACUACGCAUACUCAGUGCUCGAGUAGAACGAUAUCGGUACGGUAGUGUUACGCAGAAAAAGCGACAACAUAACAAAAUAUCUCGUAAACACAAACAAUUAUAAAAAUAUACUAAAUAAUGGAUAAAAUCAUAUGGUUAUCUUCAUAUUUUCUAGUCUUAAUAGUCACAGGAUUCGGUCAAAAUAUUGAAGUUGGUGAACCCUGUGAAACUAAAUUUUAUAAUGGAACGUGUGUUGCUUUAACUACGUGUCCUUCAGCCGUGGCUUUGGUAAAAAUCAAAGAUAUCAAAACAUUAAGAAACAUAUUAUGUGGAUUCGAAGACAAACAUCCUAAGGUCUGCUGUCCUGCAGCAGGAAAUACAAUAACGUUCAAUAAUAAAACCGAUGAAACGGCAACGAGUAGACCUAGGAAGUCUACAACCAUGAGACAGGAAGAUUUGACAACGACGAUUCCAAAAUCAUAUUCGGAUCCAUUUCCGGAUCGAAAUGCUUGCGGUCAAGUGAAAGCUUCGGAUAGAAUCGUCGGUGGAACUAUCGCCGAACUUGAUGAGUUUCCGUGGUUAGGUCGCAUCCGUUACUCAAUUGGUGAUGAAAACAAAUUUACUUUCGCUUGUUCAGCAUCACUUAUUACGAACCGUUAUCUCGUAACUGCUGCUCAUUGCGUUCAAAAUGGGAGAACAUUGAUCCCAGUAAGCGUGCGUUUAGGUGAAUGGGACGAACAAACUGAAAAAGAUUGUAAAGAUGGUUAUUGUGUUGAUACACCACCCAUUGAUGUCAAUAUAAGUAAAAUCAUCACCCAUCCAAGAUACAGCCCAGAAACUAUAACACAAAAUGACAUAGCUUUGAUACAAUUAGAAGCACCAGUUGAAUUUACAAAUUUCAUUCAGCCAGUGUGCUUACCAACAACCGAAUACAUCAUGAUGCAAGAUUAUGUGCACGAAAGUGCUUACUGGGUAGCGGGCUGGGGACUGACGGAAUUUGGAACUUCAUCACCUAUUAAACGUAAAGUGAGGUUGGAAGCUGUACCGACCGAGACAUGUAAAGGAAUAUUAAAGAACAUACCAGAAUCUUCAUUUCCAACCUUAAUAUGUGCCGGUGGUAGACUGGGAAAGGACAGCUGCAAAGGUGAUUCCGGCGGAUCACUGGUUAGAGAAGUUAUGGAAAAUUACCAAAACAAUUGGUAUCUGUUCGGAAUUACUAGUCUUGGUGCCAGCACGUGUGGAGCUGAAGGUAUACCUGGAGUGUACACGAGGGUGAUUCGAUACAUGGAUUGGAUAAGAGAAACUGUUGCUACUUGAGUGCAAAAUGAAGUGUCCAGUGUGUUGACAAAUAUUUAUAUAGCCAAUGGCAGGAACAAAGAUAAAUAAACAACCUUAACCUUGAA